UCAAAAAUUUAGUCUUUCAGAGAAAACACAAAAAAAAUAUUAAAAUAAGAAAAAUAUAAAAAAAAUUGCAUAAUGGAUCCAGUACAGCGGGAAAAAGAGUUAAUCAAAAUGGAAAUGCCAAGGCACAGGAAGCUUGUAAGCACCAAUAGAGCGGAUUAUGUGGACCAUACGGGCUCAUCAGUUUACAAUCCCCCUAUCAGAAAAACUCAAGAAGAUCCCUCCCUUAUAACUGGCCACUAUUGUGCAAACCUUAAGAUUGCUGGUAUAGAAAAUAAAACAAUGUCAUGGCCCAGAUCAAUGGACUGGCGUGAGGAUUACGCACAGUUCAUAAAGCGUAACAGGUGGUGCAAUGAGGAGAUCUACAACCUAUUCUUUAGGUAUCCGCCUGUGGAUUUUAACGUUCUUAAGAACUAUAUCAGAGAUCUGCGCAAGUCAGUUUACAUGUACGACUACUCCCGAAAAAGCUUUAUUUCUUUAAAGAGUAGGGGUCGUAUUGGCAAAAUUAAAGACUUUACCGACAUGGGGAAGGACUAUCAAACCACUUAUGGGUGCUAUUACAAUCGCUUGCAGGAAGCGGAAGCUUUUAAGCCUUUCCUAUAUCCUGAACGUGACUUGAAAGACCUGACACUUGACAUGAUCGCUAAAGAUCUACGAAGAUUGUUUAUUAAGUACAAUAUCACCACCUAUUUUGAUACUAUAUGCGUACCAGCUCUGAUGAAAGCUAAGAACGGGGUAAUGCCUUCGUCUCCCAUCGAUAAGUAUCAAUUUCGAAAGUACUAAACAGGCGUCCGUACUUACACGUCUUCCCAUUCGUGGAACAGUGGCAGCAGACGAUUGGAUUGCGCUACUGGCACGAAUAUCAUGGCGUAUUUCAGGUAUACAUUGGAGUCCUGUAAAAAUAAACGUGUAAAUAUAAUGUAAUCGAAGCAAAUUAAAUCAACCUCGAAGAACUGGAUAUAAAUAUCAAAA